AAGGAAGGAGGAGGAGAAAACGGGUUGGAACAAAAGAAUCUACUUUUCCUUUUCUUUUUCAGUGCGACAAAAUAAUAAAAACAGAGCAGAAAAAAAGGGGAAGAAAAAAGGAGGGAAAUUGAGAGAAAUGAGAUGAUGAAAGAGGAGAAGGGAAGAGAAGGGGUCGUUUUCUGGUAUAACAGUGCUUUGUUGUUUACUUUCUCUGAACAUAUUCACACAAAGACGAAAUUGAUAGGGGCGACUCAGCUUAUUGUAGUCGCCCAAGGGAGCAACAAAGUUAUGCCUGUCAGAUUAGCGUGCAAGUUUUUUUGUUCAAAACCAAACAGUGGGGGCCUCAUGCGUCUCUUCCCUUCUCAAAAACCCGAUUUCCAUUUCCAUUUCCAUUAACCCAAUUCAGGGUUUUGAGUAAUUUCUCCUUCUCCAAAGAUGUCUCGGUGGUGGGGGCGGCGGUGCUGAUUCAGAGGGAGAAGGGGUUCCCGUGAGAGAGAUAAAGAGAACAUUCUGAGGAUAUCAAUGCUUGCUUCUAUCAACAUUGUUUCUGAUUGUUGUGCCCAUUGAUAUUUGAUUCUUCGUGUUUGCCAAACCACUUCUCGUCUUUCGUCCUUUUUUAGUUUCAGGUAUUGAGCUUUCAAAUCCAACUGGGGAAGGUGAGAAACAGCUCGAGGAAGACAGUGGACUGGGAAUUUUGAGUUGUGAGAAUCUGCAGACUGGAGAAGAUUUUUGGUGUUUGACCCAUUGGAAAGGAAAGGAAAAAGUAAAAUACAAACCCAAGAAGGGCAGACAAAAUCUAGAAGGAAGGAUAAACAAAUAAGGGAAAGGACGGUGGUGUCAGGUAUUAGCAAGUGGGGGUGUCUCUAGCUUUGCGAAUUAUAUACGUUUUAAGAGUGUUUUCUUAGUAAUGUCACACCCAUUCGACCCUCUAUCCCCGGGGUCCUUGGGAAGUGUUACUCUUUGAGGAAGCAAUCUCUUGUUUACAACUUUUUCCAGUUUCAGGGCUGUGUUUCUUUGAUUAAAUUACGAAAACCCCACUCUUUUUCUCCUUUGUUUGUUGAAAAGAUUCGGUCACACUAGGAAAAAAGACCCCCAGAUUUGCUAACUAACCCCCUUUAUAUCUUCACCAUAAAAGAUCCAGUCAAUUUUUAGCCUUUCAUCCCUCUCCUUUGGUUUGUCUUCUACUUCCUUGGAUAUAUUCUUUCUGGGUUUGUUGUGGAUUGACAUAAAUAUUCUUGAAGAAGAGAAAGAAAACAGAUACUCAGAUCCAUUUUCUUGACCAAGAACAUGAAGUUUAUGAAACUUGGAUCCAAGCCUGAUGCAUUUCAGACUGAUGGAGAUAAAAUUAGGUAUGUAGCAACCGAGUUGUCUACUGAUAUCGUUGUCAAUGUCGGAGACGUGAAGUUUUAUUUGCAUAAGUUUCCACUUCUGUCGAAAAGUGCCCGAUUGCAAAAGUUAGUCACUCUGUCAAAUGAAGAAAAUAGCGAUGAGAUCCAUAUCCUGGAUAUACCUGGCGGAGCCGCUGCUUUUGAAAUUUGUGCAAAAUUCUGCUAUGGUAUGAUCGUCACUCUCAACGCAUACAAUGUCAUUGCUGCUAGAUGUGCAGCUGAAUAUCUCGAGAUGUAUGAAACCAUUGAGAAAGGGAAUCUCAUCUACAAGAUUGAAGUCUUUCUCAACUCGAGCAUCUUUAGAAGCUGGAAGGACUCAAUAAUUGUUCUUCAGACAACUAAAUCUCUUCUUCCAUGGUCUGAGGAACUUAAGGUGGUCAGUCACUGCCUUGAUUCUAUAGCUUCCAAGGCCUGCAUCGAUACUUCAAAGGUUGAAUGGUCAUAUACCUAUAAUCGAAAGAAGCUUCCAUCCGAAAAUGGGGACGAUUCUCAUUGGAACGGUGUAAGAACACAAAAACUUGUUCCAAAGGACUGGUGGGUUGAAGAUCUCUGUGAGCUUCAAGUUGACUUAUACAAGCGAGCAAUAAUGACGAUUAAGACGAGGGGCAGAAUCAGUGGUGAUGUAAUUGGGGAAGCUUUGAAAGCAUAUGCUUCGAGGAGGUUACCCGGAUUUUCUAAAGGUAUGGUCCAGGGUGGUGAUAUUGCAAAAAAUAGACUACUGGUGGACACAAUAGUGCAGCUACUUCCCUCAGGGAAAGGGGAAGUCUCCUGUAAUUUCUUGCUUAAGUUGUUAAAAGCGGUAAUUCUGCUAGAUUGUGGAGAGAUGGGAAGAAUUGAACUUAUGAAAAGAAUUGGUCAACAGCUUGAUGAGGCCACAGUGGCUGAUCUUCUGAUUCGAGCUCCCCCCGGUGAAACAACUAUUUACGAUGUUGAUAUGGUACAAAACCUUGUCGAGGAGUUUGUGACGCAGGUCCAGAAUGUCCACACUGAUCUUCACAUGGAGAAUGAGUAUCAUGAGAUUAGAAGUCCCAAGUUUAUUUCUGAUGCUUCCAAGUUGAUGGUCGCAAAACUGGUUGAUGGCUAUCUUGCUGAAGUUGCUCGUGAUCCUAACUUGCCCCUAUCAAAAUUUCUAGGCCUUGCUGAAUCAGUAUCAAACUUCUCCAGACCAUCUCAUGAUGGACUAUACCGAGCCAUCGAUAUGUAUAUGAAGGAACACCCUGGAAUCAGCAAGAGCGAGCGUAAGAAAAUAUGUCGAUUGAUGGACUGUAGAAAAUUGUCCCCCGAUGCGUGUUUGCAUGCAGUGCAAAACGAGCGGCUUCCCUUGCGUGUCGUUGUCCAGGUCCUCUUCUUUGAACAAAUGAGAGCCUCAGCAGCAUCAGCUGGUGACAGCACGCCUGAUCUACCGGGUUCGAUUAGGGCUUUACUACCAGGAAGUGGAUCUCAUGGAAGCUCAAGGUCCACUACAACAAACACGGAGGACGACUGGGAUGCCAUACCAACUAUUGAAGAAAUUAGGGCGUUAAAAGGGGAGCUUGCUGCUCUAAAACUAGGAAAUGGCGACAGAAAUGGAAGUGAUAUUGCUAAAAACAACGCCGAGAAGGUCUCAGGGAAUAAAAUGAAGGGCAUGCUCAUAUCAAAGAAGAUCUUCUCGAAACUCUGGUCGAACAAAGACAGAAAUGGAGAGAUCAGCAGCUCUGAGACAUCAGAAAGCCCGGGUUCUUCAAACGCAGAGGAAAGUAAAUCAACCCCCUCGAGAAGCCAGAGGCAUUCAAUAUCUUAAUUCAAACAUGGUCUACAAAAUGUAGUGAUUGUUUUUGGCUGGCAAUCUGUAAAAUUUUUCUCACUCUUUUGACAGUUAGAAGAACAAGUAGAAUCCGCUGACAUAUUCCACCAUGACAAAGGAGAAUUUGGUCGUAUGCUGUGAAUGUAAAAGCUCCUGGGUCUCUGUUUUUACUUACACCUGAAUUCAUGUAGGAAUUAUUGGUCUGUAUGUUUUCUUUUUGUUUUAUGGGUCCUUCAGUUAUAUUUUUGUUGUACCAUAAAAUCAGAAAUAACGUUGUGAAGAAUGCCAGAGACUGCUUCAUGACAAUUUUGA